CUUCCUGAAGGUAAAGCAGAGGAGCGCCCGCACCCUAGAUCCCGUUGGCUCCGCUACACUGCUACCUGCGGCGGCGAUUACAGUCUCGUGGUAGUAGGUUUGCAUACUCUACCGACUGACAGGACCCAGUGACUGACAGACGCACGUGUCCCGCGCCAGUCAUGAAGAUCCAGUUUGCCCCCUUAAACAUCCCUCUGGAGAGGAGGCUGCAGACCGUUGCCGUGUUCCAGUGGAUCUUAUCCUUCCUCCUCCUGGUUCUCUUUUCCCUUUCAGCACAACUGUGGAUUGUAAUGUUUGUGAUGCUGAUUUAUAAAAACUACUGGUUUUUCUACAUCCCCUAUUUAACAUGGCUCUACUUCGACUGGAAGACCCCAGAAUUAGGAGGCAGAAGGUUUGACUGGGUCCGAAAUUGGACUGUUUGGAAGUACUUUAGGAAUUAUUUUCCGAUACAUCUCGUCAAAACAGUGGAUUUGGAUCCAAGUCACAACUAUAUAUUUGGAUUUCAUCCCCAUGGAGUGCUUGUUGCUGGGGCAUUUGGAAACUUUUGUACAAACCAUUCGAAUUUCAAGGAAUUGUUUCCAGGCUUUACCGCAUACCUUCACACCUUUCCCUUUUGGUUCCGAUGUCCUUUCUUCAGAGAGUACUUCAUGAGCUGUGGAGCAGUCCCUGUUUCCAAACAAAGUGUAUCUCAUGUGCUAAGCAAGGAGGAAGGUGGAAACAUUUCUAUCAUUGUGCUUGGGGGAGCAGAAGAGUCACUGGUUGCAUAUCCUGGAAGUUUUACUCUGUAUAUCACCCAAAGAAAGGGGUUUAUUAAAAUGGCUUUGACACAUGGGGCUUAUUUGGUUCCUGUGUUCUCGUUUGGUGAGAAUGAUCUGUUUUACCAAAUCGCCAAUCCUGAAGGCUCAUGGCUUAGAACUUUCCAACAGAAAAUGUCCCAAAAAUUGGGGUUCACUUUGCCAUUAUUUCAUGCCAGAGGAAUUUUUCAGUACAGUUUUGGCCUGAUGCCCUAUAGGAAACCUAUUCACACUGUUGUGGGACGACCUAUUCCUGUUCAGCAGACUCCUCACCCCACACAAAAACAGAUCGACCAGUUGCAUCAGACUUACAUGGAGGAACUAAGAAACUUAUUUGAGACGAACAAAAGCAAGUAUGGAAUCUCAGAACAGGAAACACUUGUUUUUAAAUAAACAUGGCUAUAGAAGGUAUUAAGAAAGCUAGAAGAGCUUUUUUGGCAUUGAAAGAAAUCUCUGAAUCCAUAAAACUGGUAUCUGUCGAAGAUUGUGUUGUACAUUUAAUGAAGGUUUAAGGGGUAAUAAGAGAACCUGGAUUUUUUUCUUCUUCUUUCAAAUACUGUGUCAAAUGAUCACACAUUGCCUUCAACCACAGUGAUAUUAAUAUAUGAAAAUCCAAAUAGAGUAGACCACUAUUGGA